GCGGUGGCGAUAAACGCGUACGAGAAAAAAAAUGGUUUUUUUCCGGGCUACACCGUAAGCUCCUUUCAAUGGUACAGCCAGUACGUUGGUCAGAGGGUCACGCGAUAAGAGCGUGGCUCCGAGCUUAUCGACGAUUUUGUAAUACUUUCCGACAUUUCCAUUGAUCCCAAACAGUACGAACAAAUACAUCUGUCACAGUGUAGUACGAAGACAUAAUAGCGUAUUGUCGACACGGUUCAAAACGCACAGGCGCGAGAUUCGCAUUAUUCCAGUCGACGCGAUCACCGCGAAUCGGUUUCAACUGGUGAGUUUCUCUUGGCUCUCCCUCCGACAACGGCGACCUUCACACUGCCGCUAAAUCAGCAUCUACCAAGGUGUGAUGCGGAUGUUAGGAUUGAUCAAGGAUGGACGUGAAUCACGUCUUUUACUGACCGCUGCGACUCGUGCUGUUACCCAUAACGCCAGAUGUAUAAGUAACCUUAAGGGCAAAAUAAUAGCUAUAAGACGGGAGGAUCAGUCAGUAUGGGAGAGAAGAGCACCGUUAGCCCCGGCGAACGUUCGCCGCCUAGUCAGAUCAGGUGUAAAGGUGAUCGUGCAGCCCAGCAACCGAAGGGCUUAUCCCGCCCAAGCCUACCAGGCUGCUGGUGCCCUGCUGCAAGAGGACAUCAGCUCAGCCUCCGUCAUCUUCGGCGUGAAGCAGGUACCUGUGGACCAGUUGAUACCUAACAAGACGUACUGUUUGUUCUCGCACACUAUCAAGGCACAGGAGAGUAAUAUGGCUCUCCUGGACGCGAUCCUGGAGAAGAAUAUACGUCUGCUGGACUACGAGAAACUUACAGACGCGAAUGGCCAGAGGGUGGUGGCUUUCGGCAAAUAUGCCGGUGUCGCUGGUAUGGUGAACAUACUUCACGGUUUGGGCUUGAGACUGUUAGCCUUGGGUCAUCAUACUCCAUUCAUGCACAUAGGACCGGCUCACAAUUAUCGGGAUUCAGCUAUGGCACGCCAGGCGAUCCGCGGCGCAGGAUACGAAAUCGCGCUGGGCGCCAUGCCGAAGUCUAUCGGCCCGUUGACCUUCGUCUUCACGGGCAGCGGUAACGUUAGCCAGGGUGGCCAGGAGGUCUUCCAAGAGUUGCCCCACGAAUACGUGCCGCCCGAAAUGUUGCGGAAAGUCGCCGAGCACGGCGAUACGACGAAGAUAUACGGUUGUGAGGUGCGGCGCAGGCAUCACCUGGAGAGGAAGGAGGGCGGCGGUUUCGAUCCCGAGGAGUAUGACCAACAUCCGGAGUUGUACAUCUCCACUUUCAGCAAAAAAAUAGCUCCGUACGCCUCGGUGAUCAUCAACGGCAUAUACUGGGCGGUGGAUUCGCCGAAGUUGUUGACGAUACCGGAUGCGAAAUACCUCCUCAGACCCGCUAAUACACCAUGGCUGCCGAUAAGCGUCGGUGCGCCCGCUUUGCCGCACAGGAUGCUCGGUAUCUGCGAUAUAUCCGCGGAUCCGGGCGGCAGCAUCGAAUUCAUGAACGAAUGCACGACGAUCGACACGCCAUUUUGUCUGUACGAUGCGGACCGCAACAAGGACACGAAAUCCUUCAAAGGUCCUGGCGUGCUAGUUUGCUCAAUUGACAAUAUGCCCACGCAACUGCCUAAGGAAGCAACGGAUUUCUUCGGUAAUCUUUUGUAUCCGUACGCUUUGGACAUCAUACAGUCGGACGCGAAAAAGCCACUGGAUGAGCAUAACUUCAGCCCUGCCGUGUACGGUGCCAUUAUUGCGUCCAACGGAAAAUUGACAUCCAAUUUCGAGUACAUCCAAGAACUCAGACAACUCAAUCAACGCAGCAGGCACAAAGCCGAUAAUGGAGAAGAGCAAAGCAAAACGGUGGUCGUCCUCGGCGCCGGAUACGUUUCCGCGCCCUUGGUCGAGUAUUUGCAUAGAGAUAAAAAUAUUAGGCUGGUGGUAGCGUCACAGUUGAAGGACGAGGCUGACGCGUUGGCCAAUCGGUUCCCCGGUGUGGAGCCAGUCUUCUUGAACGUCCUGGAUCGUCCCGACACGUUGCACGACGUGAUAAAAUCGGCGAACGUGGUCGUCUCCCUUCUACCGUAUUCGCUGCAUCACGUCAUUGCCAAAGCUUGUAUAGAAAACAAGAAUCACCUAGUAACAGCGAGCUAUAUGAACAAAGAUGUAAAAGCGUUGCACGAAGAAGCCCAAGAAGCUGGCGUCACUGUGCUAAAUGAAGUCGGAUUAGACCCGGGCAUCGAUCAUCUUUUGGCGAUCGAGUGUUUCGAUGAUGUGAGACAAGCAGGUGGCAAAAUAGAGUCCUUCGUCUCGUGGUGCGGCGGCUUGCCCGCGCCGGAGUGUUCCGACAAUCCUCUGAGGUAUAAAUUUAGUUGGUCCCCACGAGGCGCACUGCUAAACACCUUGGCGCCAGCGAAAUACCUUCAUGAGGGUCAGGAAGUGGAAAUCGCUGGAGGCGGCGAUUUGAUGUCUGCGGUGCAGGACUUGGACUUCCUUCCAGGUUUCGCCUUGGAAGGCUUCCCCAAUCGUGAUAGCACGAUAUAUAGGGAUUAUUAUGGUUUACAAAAUGCGAGCACCAUGCUGCGUGGUACGCUCAGAUUCAAAGGAUUCUCAGAUACCAUACUGGGCCUGCAAUUGCUCGGUCUGAUCGAUCCGAAUCCACAUCCAAUUUUACACCCGAACGGGCCAGACAUCACCUGGCGAGUGUUAGUGUGCAACUUGCUCGGUCUGGCGAACGACAAUAUCUUCUACGGGAACCUGAAGCAGAAAUUAGCGGAAAGGGUGAACUCGUGGGAGCGCGUGAAAAGUAUCGAACAACUGGGGCUCCUGGAAGAGGACCUGGUCUUGAAAAUGAACACUCCUCUCGACACGCUUACACAUUACUUGUCGAAGAAGCUCUAUUACGAGAAAACCGAACGCGACCUCGUGAUACUGAGGCACGACGUAGGUAUACUUUGGCCGGAUAACAGGAGAGAAUCCAGAGGGAUCAACUUGGUGCUUUAUGGAGACGCCUCUGGACAGUCUGCAAUGGCGCGUACUGUCGGCUAUCCCACGGCUAUCGCCGUCAAAAUGAUUCUAGACGGUGAAAUUCAGCAACGUGGAAUGGUGCUGCCUUUCACACCAGAUAUAUAUCGACCUAUUCUUAAUCGACUGAGAGCUGAAGGCGUACAAUCUUUCGAGACUUCUAAAUGGUUGUAACUGAUGCACUACAAAGUGAUGUAAUUUUUUUCGACUGCAUGUAUAUAUUUCUUGAACUGCAAAAACUAAAGUCAAGUCAUGUAUUUUAUUUACUUAACAUGCAAUCUACUUGACGAAUGCUUCGAAUUUUGAUUGAUCAAUUCAUAAAAUUCUUUGUUUUGAUUGGUCAAUCAGGGCAAUAUCAAGUAUUUUCGAAGCACUUGUAAUAAAAAGAAAUUGUAAAUUUUGUAACAAUUUUUGCACAUAUGAGCUAUUGUAUAAGUCUAUUCUAAGUAUUAUUCUAAUAAAAAAAAAAAAACGAGAGAAAGAUAUGAAUGUUUAUUUUCUAUUAUAGCUAUACUUAUGUUAUUUAUUGUAUAUUAAUUUUUAUAUUUAAAUUGUUUUUCGCAUUCAUAAAUGUCUGAUGGGAAAGUCAGGAAGACGGGAUCUUUAAUUUGAUAUAUUUAACAUUUAUUGAUAUUACCACCCCAGUGUGGAAAAUUGCUAACAAUACAAUGAUAUUUCGCUUAUUGCAUUCUCUUUUUUGUCUGUAAAUCUAAUCGCCUUAAGAUAUAAUUAGAAUGAUAACACAGGAACACCAUUCUCGCUUCUACUCGUUACGAUUUGAUUGAAAAACGAAUCGAUUUUACGCGCCGGGACAAUCAAAAAGACUAUUGAAUUGCACCAGUAAAGUAAUUAACUUGCAGUCGUGAUUUGCACGUCGUGCAUCUAUGUCACACGGUUAAUUGAUCUAUGUGACAAAUCCAAUAACGCUUUGAAAGAAUUGGAUAAACCUAAUAACGAUGAUUUUCACCGUUUCAAGCAGCAAAGUUUGUGCUGAUUAAAUAAGAAUAAACAAUGACAUACUUUUUCGAUUAUUCACAUACAUCUACAUACAUAACGACAAUUGAAAUUUAUC